AGUCAAAGAGAGCUUUAUCCUCUUUUCUCUCUCUUCAACCUUUCAUCAAGUCCAUUUCUACACCAUGUCUGCUACUAUUGAAAAGAGAAAGCCUGUCCGCAUCUGGGUCGAUGGAUGCUUUGACCUCAUGCACUUUGGUCAUUUCAAUGCUCUUCGUCAAGCCAAGGCUAUGGGAGAUUACUUGGUUGUCGGUGUCCACUCGGACGCUGAAAUUGAAAAGAACAAAGGCCCCACUGUCAUGAAGGAAGAUGAGAGAUAUGCUGCUGUCGCCGCCUGCAAGUGGGUCGAUGAGGUCGUCCCUAAUGCCCCUUACCUGACAUCGCUGGAGUGGAUGGAUAGAUACAACUGCGACUUCUGCGUUCAUGGUGAUGAUAUCACAACUAUGGCCGAUGGCACUGAUUGUUACCAGGUCGUCAAGGAUGCAGGUCGUUACAGAGAAUGCAAGCGUACUCAGGACAUUUCAACUACAGAACUGGUCGGACGCAUGUUGCUGAUGACCAAGGAUCAUCACAAGCGUCGUGGCUCUGUCACCGCCUCGUCGAUCUCGUCCGUGAACACUGCUGAGUUGGGAACCUUCUCCACCGGAGGUUCCAAAACUAAACCCGAUACCAAGAUCUCACACUUCUUGCCUACUUCUCGCAAGAUUGUUCAGUUCUCAGAGGGUCGUGAGCCUCAACCUGGCGACAAAGUUGUCUAUGUUGAUGGCACCUUUGAUUUGUUCCACACUGGUCAUAUCGAGUUCUUGAAGCGUGCCAAGCAGAUGGGUGAUUACCUCUUGGUUGGUAUCCAUGAUGAUCAGACUGUGAAUGCCAUCAAGGGAGUCAACUAUCCUCUUAUGAAUCUCCAUGAGCGUGUACUCAGUGUCCUUGCUUGCCGUUAUGUCGAUGAAGUUGUCAUUGGCGCUCCUUACAGUGUCAGCGAUCAGGUAUUGGAAAAGGUCUAUAAGGUUGACUUGGUUGUUCACGGAAACACUCCUUCGCUGAACGACACCAAUGGUGAGGACCCCUAUAAAAUUGCAAAGGAAAGAAACAUCUAUGUUGAGAUUGAUAACCCUCAAAACUCUGUGACCACUGAGUCUAUCAUUGAGCGUAUCAUCACUCACCGCAAGAUCUUCGAGGAGCGUCAGCGCAGAAAGGCUGAGAAGGCUAUUCUUGAGAGAGAGGCAGAGUUGGCUGAGAAGGCUGCUGCUGCUGCUGCUGCUUCUGCCCAGCAAUAAUUUAUGCUGGUCAGAGUUGUAUUUUUAAAAGAAU